UCACCGGGGUACACAAUGGAGUCGGACGUAUAUAGACAUGACUGGCUUGCAUAUUAAGCCCCGACGUCUUUGAAAACACUAGUUUGUAUAUUGUGACAUAACCGCGGAGGUUCAAGCGAGCAGUGGCCCAUUUACGAAUGGUGUUGAAACUGAAAGGAGUGUUACUGCUGAGUUCACCUGCUGUGCUGUAGACCACUGCUGCUGUCUUACUGUACCACUGGCUGCUCUUCUGGGCGUCCUCUGCAUUUUUUCCAUGCUUUUGUGUGAAAGUGAAAUAGAAACCGUCCGCGUCAUUUUACAGAUAAGCGCCAAGGAAGAUGUCCGAGGUCAACAUAGCAAAGCGCAAGGAGAAGUGUGAGAACUGCACUAAACAGUGUAACAAGAAACAGAGUGAUGAUCCUGCCAACUCGAACCAGGAGAGCGAUGAGGUCAAUGGGCAGGCACAUGAGGGAUCUCAGUUGCUGCUGAGUGCCUGUCUGUCCUGUGAUGGCUGUGUAUCAGAGGAGGAGAGCCUGAAGAUCUCUCAGCAGAGUCUGGAGGAAGUGGAGCGUGUUCUGGCACUCAAUAAGAGGUGCGACGUGUCGAAGCACAAGGUGCUGGUAGCGUCCGUGUGUCCACAGUCUCUGCCUUUCUUCGCUGUCAAGUUUGGUGUGGACAUUACUGGCGCUGCUCACAAGCUCUGCGGCUUCCUCAAGAGUUUAGGUGUGCAGUAUGUGUUCGACACCACUCUGGCGGCAGGCUUUAGCAUCUUAGAGAGUCAGAAGGAGUUUAUCCAGAGAUAUCGCAGGAGGCACCACGACUCCCACGCCUUGCCCAUGUUCACCUCCUCCUGCCCAGGGUGGAUCCGUUAUUCAGAGCGAGUCCUGGGCAGUUUGGUCACUCCGCAUAUUUGCACAGCCAGGUCUCCUCAGCAGGUCAUGGGCUGUCUGGUCAAAGACUACUUCUCCAAACAGCAGCAGAAGCUGAGUCCAGAGAAAGUCUACCACGUGUUAGUUGCCCCCUGCUUUGACAAGAAGCUGGAGGCUGUCAGAGAGGAGUUUUACAACAGCCUGCUGGAGACCAGAGAUGUGGACUGUGUCCUCACCUCAGGGCAGAUCUUUUGCCUGAUGGAGCAGAGGAAGGUUUCUGUGGAGGAGCUGGACUCCGUUCCACUGGACCAUGUGCUGGGAGAGGCUGCAGACGUGACGCUGGUGAGGCACGAGGGCCGAGGCUCUGAAGGCUUUCUGGAGCACAUCUUCAAACAUGCUGCCAAAGAGCUCUUUGGUCUGGAUGUCAGUGAGAUCACAUACAAGAACCUCAGGAACCGGGACUUCCAGGAAGUAACUCUGGAGCGGGAUGGGGAGACUCUGUUGCAGUUUGCUGCUGUCUAUGGUUUCAGGAACAUCCAGACGCUGGUUCACCGAAUGAGAAAGGGACGUGUACCUUACCAGCUGGUGGAGGUGCUGUCCUGCCCAGGAGGGUGCUUGAGCGGCCGCGGUCAGGCGGAGGGUGAGGGGACAGGCCGGGUGGAUAAAGCCCUGGUGCAGCAGAUGGAGGAGGCAUACACCAGCCUGCCAGUCCGUCUCCCGGAAGUCAACCCAGCCCUGCACACCCUCUAUCAAGACUGGCUGCAGGGCCAGGACUCCCCGCAGGCCAACACCCUCCUUCACACCCAGUAUAGAAAUCAGAGUCAGAGCCACACACAGCCCCCACACAUGCAGUGGUGAGGAGAAAGGGGGUGUGCUACUUUUUAAGACAUGAUGGAAGUUGCAUGGGGACUGCUUUCUGGUUGAUUCUGCUCGGACCAUCUGGCACCACGAAGGACAAGCCGAGGACCAAGCUGCACUACGGAGCUGUGCAGCAGUUCUUCCAUUUGGCCACAGGGGGGUGAUGUCUGUAUUUAAAAUUCUUGGAUCUCCUGUGCCAAAAGAGGAUCCAUAGUGCAGAAGAACACUCAUGUAUAUUUUACGCAGACCGAAGCAGUGAUGUCAUUAAGCUGCCGACAAAAAAAAACAUUAGGUACAAAGUUGCCUGAUCUGCCAGCUACUCAAAGGAAGUCUGUAGCAACUGUGAACUAUUUAUGUCAAUUUACAGAGCAAUAAGCCAGUGAUGUGUACAACAAAAUGUACAGUUGGAGCUCAAAAACUGAACUUGUGGAAGCCGAAUGUCCUUUUGAGGAGUCUAAUGUAUCCCAGAUGUAAACUGUCCAAUAUAAAACCUGCUGUUUUAUGUUAA